AUGCGGGGCUUUCGGCGUUCAUCAAAAGCAUGCCACAAAUGCCAUGAGAGAAAAGUCCGCUGCGACGUGACUGAUGGCCUUCCAUGUUCCAACUGUCGCGCAGCAAAGGUCACCUGCGUGCUGCUUGAGGGUAAAAGGAGGUAUGUCGGGACGAAAGAGGAGAAUAGGUCUCACAGCAGGUCCUGCAAUCGAGAAACCUGCAUCGCAAUUGUCGAGCGACACCUCGUCGAGCCUUGGAUGCGCCCAACAGGCCACCGUCGACGAGCCAGCACUAAACUCCGAUGCUGCGUACUCUGUCAUUCUGUCGCUGUCCAAGGUAGCAAUCCGGACCAAUAUGUACGCAACCGGUCGACGCCGCCAUCAAUGUUGAGCAGAACGUUGCCCUCCUACAUCAGUCCCAUUCCACGAAGCUGGACUGCAGACGAUAUCGAAUACCUGUCUAGAAAACAAGUAUUUUGUAUUCCGGGAUUGGAACUGCGAAACGCACUGUUGCGAAGUUUUGUGGAAUGGGUACAUCCGCUGUGUCCCGUACUUGACCUCGGCGAGUUUUUGGCGACGAUUGCUCAGCCCCAUGGCUCCGAUUCCGCCGGGACAGUCAGCCUCUUACUACUAUACUCCGUCUUUCUCGCUGGGGCUACAUUCGUCGACGAAUGCCAUCUCGCAACGGCAGGAUACAGCACAAGGCUCGCCGCGCGCAAGGAUUUCUUCGUCAGGGCCAAGGUAUGGCUACUAUAUUCAAUGGGAUACGAGAAUGAUCGGCUAUGCAUCGUUCAAUCACUACUGCUCCUGUCUUACUGGCAAGAGAUACACGACGAACCAGCUAAUCACUGGUACUGGGCGGAGCUGGGGUGCACGAUUGCGCGUAGCAUCGGACUAUACCAAGAUCCGGACUCAUCCAACAUGUCAGAUCGACAAAAGCAUUUGUGGAAGCGGGUUGGCUGGUCAUGCAUGCUUCGUGAUCGCGUUCUAAAUAUGGGAGUGCGCAUGCCACCAAAGAUUAAGCCGAGUGAGUUCUAUCUUCCUCUCCUAAACGAAGACGACUUCGACAUCGGAAUACACCCGACGCCAGUGACGGAAAUGCUCUCUGGCUGCAAGCUAUUGCAAGAUCUGGCCCUGCAAUCACGCUUGGCACGCAUAUGCAUCGAAAAAUGCAAGCUAUGUCUGCUCUUAGGUCGAGUUUUUGAGUCUCUUUACACCGAUUCGAGUCCAAAGCUAGGUGCGACCAGGGAAGUGACUUUGAUAUUACUACCAAAGGCUCCCGAUAUAACUCCGGAAAAAGUGCAAGACAUCGAAAGGGAGCUCAACACGUGGCAGUGCGACCUUGCAGGCGAUAUGCAGUAUCAGCAGCUCCACGAACCGCUUUCGGGAGACAGCGACAAAAUUGCCCUGGUACAUUGCUCCCUAGUCUUGAUGUUUCACCACGCUAUUAUGUGCACGUUCUACCGCCCGCAGCUGCUGGCUCCCGCGCCAUCGUCAUUCUGCUCGCAUGAGUGGACCAAGCAAAAGUCCAAUUAUGCCACGUUGACAAUUGCAAGGCGCUUCGAAGACCUUCAGACGUACGGACUUCUUCGCUUCCUCCCUUCCUCCAGCGUCACAUUCUUGCUCACCGCGGCGGUGAAUCACCUUGUCGAGUACAAAACAGUAAAGGACGAGGAUUGCAAAUCGCAGCAACUCCGCCGGUUUCGGGACUGUUUAUGCUACCUCAAGCCUCUUCAGGGUGUUCACAUCUACGCCAAGUACGCGGGUAUUUUCUUGCACAGCGCCGGAAGCCAAGCAGGCAUCGAUAUGUGGAGCGAAUCACCGAACAGGAAGACUUCCAGUGCCCUCAACAGUGCGCAAAUCUCAGUCGACUCGGAUACUCUGGGUCCGUGGGCUGUGGCUCAUACCCCGGACGAACUGCUCAUCCGACCUCAGGCGAAUAUUCGCUCUAUCCGGCGACGGUCCGCGACACCGUCGACUGCCAUCGGCUCAACGGCGUCCAGACGGCCGGAUGCAUCCGAGAUGGACACUACGAGUCCUCUUGGAAGCAAUAGCUUCACUAGCCCGGGGCAGCGGAACGAUAUCCCCAUGUUUCAAUAUGUUGAUGCGGAUGCUUUACUGAGCAGCACUAUCUGGGAGCAUGGGUGGCUUGACGAAGUUGUCGAAAAAUGGCCGGAAUAUCUCGCUGACACCCAGGCCCUUGGCCAAUGGUAG